CCACGCACUCUUUUUAACUCGAUCAAACAAAAAAGAAAAACAAACAAACAAACCAAAACGAUACUAAACAAAAGAACCAUUUCACUGGAUCGAAAUCUCUCUCACAAACAAGAAAAGCUACAAAAAAAAAAAAAAAAAAAAUCUUCAAAACCAAGAUUCAAGAUUCAAGAAUUCAAUCUCCUCUUCUUAUUUUCUUUUUUCCUUAUCAAAAUCGCUUUUUUGCAUAGAUCUCUGUCUGAUAACAUCAAGAUUCAAGAAACUCUCGUUUCUUUCUCCAUUUGUUUUCUCUACCAGAAUCUUGACCAUACAAAUCCUGAAUAUUAAAGAAAAGAGUCCCCUUCUCUUUGAAGAUUUAAUCUUUUUCAUUUUCUUAAUAAUGGAAAAGAAAGUGGUGGUGGCUGUUGUUUGCGUGGCCGCUGUUGCUGGUGCUGCAACGGCUGCAAUGGUGAUAAGGCAGAAAAUGAAGAAGGAUGGUAAGUGGGCCAGAGUUAUGGAGAUAGUGAAAGAGUUGGAGGAAAAAUGUGCAACCCCGAUUGGGAAACUGAAACAGGUUGCUGAUGCUAUGGUUGUUGAGAUGCAUGCUGGUCUUGCCUCUGAAGGUGGAAGCAAACUCAAGAUGCUUAUUAGCUAUGUGGAUAAUUUGCCUACUGGUGAUGAGAAUGGAUAUUACUAUGCAUUGGAUCUUGGUGGAACAAACUUUCGUGUACUGCGGGUGCACCUCGGGGGAAAGGAUGGUGGUCUCAUUAACCAAGAAUUUGCCGAGGUGCCUAUUCCUCCAAAUCUAAUGACUGGGACUUCAGAUGCACUAUUUGACUAUAUUGCAGCAGAACUAGUGAAAUUUAUUUCUCAAGAAAGUGAAGAGUUUCAUCCUCCUCCUGGUAAAAAGAGGGAAUUGGGUUUCACCUUCUCAUUUCCUGUUAUACAAACAUCCAUUGCUUCUGGGACCCUUGUUAGGUGGACAAAAGGCUUCUCUAUAGAUGACGCAGUUGGUCAAGAUGUGGUGGCAAAAUUGACAAAAUCCAUGGAAAGAAUGGGUGUUGAUAUGCAUGUGUCAGCUCUGGUCAAUGAUACAGUAGGAACCCUAGCUGGAGGCAAAUAUUUCAACAAGGAUGUUGUUGCUGCUGUGAUCUUAGGUACUGGGACAAAUGCUGCUUAUGUGGAACGUGCACAAGCUAUACCAAAAUGGCACGGUCCUCUACCUCAUUCUGGCGAGAUGGUUAUCAACAUGGAAUGGGGUAACUUUAGGUCUUCGCAUCUUCCAUUAACCGAGUAUGAUCAUGCUUUGGACGUUGAAAGUUUAAAUCCUGGUGAACAGAUCUUUGAGAAGAUAAUUUCUGGCAUGUACUUGGGGGAAAUUAUACGCAGAGUUCUACUAAAGAUGGCUGAAGAAGCUGCUCUUUUCGGUGACACUAUUCCAUUAAAACUUAAAGUUCCCUUCAUAUUGAGAACGCCUGAUAUGUCAGCAAUGCAUCACGACACGUCCUCUGAUCUUAAAGUGGUGGGGAAUAAAUUGAAGGAUAUUUUGGAGAUAUCUAAUACUUCCCUGAAAACUAGAAAAGUUGUUGUUGAGCUUUGCAACAUUGUUGCCACGCGCGGAGCGCGACUUGCGGCAGCUGGAAUCUUGGGUAUCUUGAAGAAAAUGGGGAAGGAUACAGUGAAAGAGGGGGACACACAGAAGACCGUAAUAGCUAUGGAUGGAGGAUUAUACGAGCACUACAGUGAAUAUAGCAAGUGCAUGGAGAAUACCCUUAACGAGUUGCUUGGAGAAGAUGUGCCCAAAAGCAUUGAAAUAGUGCACUCCAACGAUGGAUCUGGGAUUGGAGCUGCUCUCCUUGCUGCAUCACAUUCUCUGUACCUUUAAGCUUAGAGGUCCUGACAACCAUCAUAGGAAACAUUUGUGCCUUUUUAUUUUUUGGGAUUCAUUCCAACCCCUCUCGAUAUCUUUCUUUCUCUGAUCAUUUUCUUUAUUCACCAUUCUUCAACCUUUUUCCAGAAGACCUUUCUGUGAAUAUUUAAAUCACACCUUGCGGAAGAGGUGGAUUGAACAUGUAGCAGGGCCUGGAAGCGGCCAAUAUUUUCUGCUUCGGCCUGCAAUUCCUGCUGAAGCUUCCAUUUCGUUGGUGGAAAUAAUAAAAUGGUGGAUUCUUUGCCUGCUAUUUGCA